AUGUUAUUCUCAAGAUCGAAGACUUCGAUCUUUCCUCUCCUUCCACCAUACGGCGCGCAUAACCCUCAAGAUGGCAGGAUUAUUCCUUUGCACCCCGAUGGUCUUACCCCAUACCUCGGACUCAGAGCUCGACUAUCCCAAGUAUGGAUAAAUCGCUGGACGAUACUGAUCCUCCUUAUACUCGUUCGUGUCUUAUUAGCGAUCGGAAGUAUUCGAUCCGAUAUGGCCAGUGCCAAACGCGAGGCCCUCUCUGCGUGUACAAGUGUGGAAUCCAUGGGAAGUGCCAUGGCAUCGAUGCCCCAUUAUCUCGCCUACGGAGUCAACGAAAUGGUGGCGGAUGGUGUGACAGACGCUGUGAGCGGUCUGAAAACCAUGCUAGACUUUGCCUUGACGGCUGCCGAGGAAAUUAUUAUUUUCAUUCUCAAAAUAAUGUACCAGACUUAUGCGUGCCUAAUCACUAUGGCCGUUCAUGGUGUCGCGGAUGUUGCUACAGAGCUGAUCGAGAGUGCUCUUGAUUUUGUGAACAGCACAAUCCAUACCGCCACAUCUGACAUUGCAAGUAUUGUCAGCGGAGUCACGAACGACCUUAAUAAAGUUGCAACACUGGUCAACAACAUUGGCGUUGAUCUUCCAACGAUCAAUGUCACUGGCGCCCUUGACGAACUAAAAGACUGGAGCAUCCCCUCGUCGAUUGAUGAUAAGAUCAAUACCCUCAAUAGUUCGAUUCCAAGCUUUAGCGCGGUCGAGAACUUCACAGAAACUAUCAUCUCGCUCCCGUUCGAAGAAGUGAAGAAAUUGCUUAAUGGGUCUUUGGGUGGUUAUACAUUCGACAGCUCUGUUCUCACCAUUCCAGAAAAGAAGCAAUUAACAUUUUGCAACGACAACGAUGGAAUCAACAGCUUCUUCGAUACAGUAACCGAUAUCGCCAUCACUGCACGAAAAAUCUUUAUCGUCGUUCUCGUCAUCGCAGCGGUGCUAGCUUGCGUUCCCAGCGCAUGGCAAGAAAUUCGUGGAUGGCGUCACAUGAAAGAACGCUCCCAGUUAGUUAGGAAGGAAGCCCAUGACCCAAUGGACGUGGUCUACAUUGUCUCGCGUCCGCAUACCGCUGCGGUUGGUAUCAAGGCUGCAAGUCGAUUUAGCAACAGCCGCCGACAGAUACUAGUUAGGUGGGCAGUGGCAUACGCAACCUCAAUGCCAGCACUCUUCGUUCUUGCUCUUGGUAUCGCGUCCCUAUUAGCUUGCCUUUGUCAAUGGAUCAUCCUGCACGAGAUAUCCAAGCAAGUGCCCUCACUCAGCGCGGAGGUAGGCGAGUAUGCCGAUAAAGUAGUCUCGGCUCUGCAAAACUCCUCUGCAGAGUGGGCUGACGCCGCCAACGCUCACAUCACGGACCUGGACAGCGAUAUCAACAAUAACAUGCUGGGAUGGGUGAACACCACAACGACUGCAGCCAAUGAUACACUGAAUACCUUUGUCGACAAAGUUCAAGGCGUUCUCAACGAGACAUUCUGGGGUACAAUUCUCUACGAGCCAAUCACAGAACUUUACAACUGUCUCAUCGGCCUCAAAGUACAAAGUAUUGAACAGGGCCUCACAUGGGUUCAUGAUAAUGCCCACGUCAACUUCCCUCUUUUCCAAGACGAUGUUUUCUCCAAAGGUGCAAACGAGAGCAUAUCAAAUAGCACUUCCGAUCCUUCAGACAGCUUCCUGUCCGACGCCGGCGAUGAAACGGCCAACAAAAUCACUGAGGUUGUGAACGCUGUCAUUAGGACAUUAGAGGCGGCUCUCCGCAUAGAAGCUAUCAUCGCUACGGCCAUUUUCCUUCUAUGGGUCCUCAUCGCCCUGAUGGGAGUUGCACGCGCAAUGUUCUUAUGGUGGGGACGCGACCGAAACCGCGGCGAUGGGGGUGGCCAUGCAAUAGAUCCUGUGCCGAAUUACCCUCCACCACAACCGGAUUCCCGUGGCUUUAUCGAUGUUCCUCUUACUGCUAUGCCGAAGGGUUUAUCUACUGGACCUGACGUUCCGCAGUAUGAGGCGAAUGCUCCACGGGCUGUAGCGCUGCAGAAUGAUCCGUUCCAUGAUGCUCAUGGGUACAAUAUUGAUGAAAAGCAUGGGUUUGCGGGUCAGCGGACUGCACUCCAAGUUCAUUCUACACCUACCGUUAGGCAGAGUAACCAUGUGGAGUAUGAUGUGAAAGGAGUGAAAGAGGUUUAA